GCGGCGCGGCCUAGAACACCACGACGGCCAACGCUUCCGCGUAUGCAUCAGCGGAAAUUUGGUGCGCAUUUCACCGCGCCCCACCCCGAAGUAGGAAGGGAGUGUGAAGGCGUAAGCCUCCACAACACUGACCACGACACCAUCCCCUAAAGGGACCGCCCCGACGGCUUGUUAUCUAAUUUCAUUAUUAUUCACUAUUAUCCGAUUUUAUUACUUCUAUUAUUAUUAGUAUUACCAAGACAAACAACAAUGAAUCCUUAUUUUCACCCAUUAAAGUAAGAAAUAGGCUAAGAAACCCCAAAACAGUAGGCCUUUUUACUUAUUAGAACUAAGAGAACCAACACGUAAGAGAGACGCACACUACGGCCACGCAGCGAAGAGAGACGUACACCACGGCUAUACGAAGGAAAAGAGAACCAACCCGAAAGAGAUACGCUCGUACGCCCACGCAGCCAACGCAAGGAAGAGAACGGCUAUACGCAGACGAAAAGAGACAACAUGAAAGAGAACGAAGCGGCAGAGAAGCCGCCGAUCGGUAUUACGCCCACGCAGCCGAGGAAAAGAGCCGACGGCGAAGCAGGCAAUACACACCCGCAGCCAUACACCCACGCAGCCGAGACCGGCAGCCGAAGGCGGCGCAACAGCGAAGCGGCAGAGAAGCUCCGAAAAAGAAAAGCAGAGGCCUGGCACGGUCCAGCGCGAGCCAAGCUCGAGAGUGAUCUCGGAGGGCUGAGCCAGACCGGUUGUGCGGCGGAAGCCAAAAUAGAUGUGAAAAACUAGCCGUGACCGCGCCGUGUACGCAAUAAGCCGUGUUCGCCCGCACGCGGUGAAUAAAACCAGCUGUGACCGCACCCACGCGGUGUGCAAAGGAAGCCACCGAAGUGACGAGGACCCGCCGUGGGAGAACAGGACCCAAAGAAGGGACACAAGGAUCCGACACGGACAACCCAAGGACGAGCGACGCACAGCCUCUAGAGGCAGAGGAUGGCACGGAGGGGCAUCCUAGGGGUGCGUCGCCGCCCAGCUCAAGGCAACCACGGUCCACGACCAGCCAACCACAAGCAAGACACCACUCCCCGACCCCGCAAGCAGAACCGGGCAACACCACGCAGCAUGGACCAUCAACAGGAGAACCCAAACGGCCCGAUCCCGGACACCAGCUGGGACGACGGGUGGCACGCCAGACUGCAGGAGUGGGACGCGCAGGAGGAGGUGGCAGCCCCGGAAAGAGGGGAGAAUCCCGAUUGGCAGCCGCUGGACCACGCACCAAUGAAGUGGCUAUCGCCAGUUCCCACCGACCACAACGCCCCGAACCCGGAACCGACGAGCUGCACGGCCCGAGAGGCCGAACCAGGAAACCCGAGCCAACCAAAGGAGGACAGCGACCUGUCAUUGGGCUUGGAAGAGGCAGAGGCGGGCGGACUGCUCACAGCGUUCGAGGAGAUGCCCGAGCUAAACGCGCUGCAGGAGGAGCAGGAAUGGCCAAUCGCCCCAGUCGCCUGGCGGGUAAGCACGCCUGACCGCCGCAUCCCGCAAAGCCUGCUGGAAGGCGCCAGCGCUCAGGCAAACGCGGCGCAGCCCGGGCGCAGCCGGAUCCGCAGCCUAGAACACCACGACGGCCAACGCUUCCGCGUAUGCAUCAGCGGAAAUUUGGUGCGCAUUUCACCGCGCCCCACCCCGAAGUAGGAAGGGAGUGUGAAGGCGUAAGCCUCCACAACACUGACCACGACACCAUCCCCUAAAGGGACCGCCCCGACGGCUUGUUAUCUAAUUUCAUUAUUAUUCACUAUUAUCCGAUUUUAUUACUUCUAUUAUUAUUAGUAUUACCAAGACAAACAACAAUGAAUCCUUAUUUUCACCCAUUAAAGUAAGAAAUAGGCUAAGAAACCCCAAAACAGUAGGCCUUUUUACUUAUUAGAACUAAGAGAACCAACACGUAAGAGAGACGCACACUACGGCCACGCAGCGAAGAGAGACGUACACCACGGCUAUACGAAGGAAAAGAGAACCAACCCGAAAGAGAUACGCUCGUACGCCCACGCAUCCAACGCAAGGAAGAGAACGGCUAUACGCAGACGAAAAGAGACAACAUGAAAGAGAACGAAGCGGCAGAGAAGCCGCCGAUCGGUAUUACGCCCACGCAGCCGAGGAAAAGAGCCGACGGCGAAGCAGGCAAUACACACCCGCAGCCAUACACCCACGCAGCCGAGACCGGCAGCCGAAGGCGGCGCAACAGCGAAGCGGCAGAGAAGCUCCGAAAAAGAAAAGCAGAGGCCUGGCACGGUCCAGCGCGAGCCAAGCUCGAGAGUGAUCUCGGAGGGCUGAGCCAGACCGGUUGUGCGGCGGAAGCCAAAAUAGAUGUGAAAAACUAGCCGUGACCGCGCCGUGUACGCAAUAAGCCGUGUUCGCCCGCACGCGGUGAAUAAAACCAGCUGUGACCGCACCCACGCGGUGUGCAAAGGAAGCCACCGAAGUGACGAGGACCCGCCGUGGGAGAACAGGACCCAAAGAAGGGACACAAGGAUCCGACACGGACAACCCAAGGACGAGCGACGCACAGCCUCUAGAGGCAGAGGAUGGCACGGAGGGGCAUCCUAGGGGUGCGUCGCCGCCCAGCUCAAGGCAACCACGGUCCACGACCAGCCAACCACAAGCAAGACACCACUCCCCGACCCCGCAAGCAGAACCGGGCAACACCACGCAGCAUGGACCAUCAACAGGAGAACCCAAACGGCCCGAUCCCGGACACCAGCUGGGACGACGGGUGGCACGCCAGACUGCAGGAGUGGGACGCGCAGGAGGAGGCGGCAGCCCCGGAAAGAGGGGAGAAUCCCGAUUGGCAGCCGCUGGACCACGCACCAAUGAAGUGGCUAUCGCCAGUUCCCACCGACCACAACGCCCCGAACCCGGAACCGACGAGCUGCACGGCCCGAGAGGCCGAACCAGGAAACCCGAGCCAACCAAAGGAGGACAGCGACCUGUCAUUGGGCUUGGAAGAGGCAGAGGCGGGCGGACUGCUCACAGCGUUCGAGGAGAUGCCCGAGCUAAACGCGCUGCAGGAGGAGCAGGAAUGGCCAAUCGCCCCAGUCGCCUGGCGGGUAAGCACGCCUGACCGCCGCAUCCCGCAAAGCCUGCUGGAAGGCGCCAGCGCUCAGGCAAACGCGGCGCGGCCUAGAACACCACGACGGCCAACGCUUCCGCGUAUGCAUCAGCGGAAAUUUGGUGCGCAUUUCACCGCGCCCCACCCCGAAGUAGGAAGGGAGUGUGAAGGCGUAAGCCUCCACAACACUGACCACGACACCAUCCCCUAAAGGGACCGCCCCGACGGCUUGUUAUCUAAUUUCAUUAUUAUUCACUAUUAUCCGAUUUUAUUACUUCUAUUAUUAUUAGUAUUACCAAGACAAACAACAAUGAAUCCUUAUUUUCACCCAUUAAAGUAAGAAAUAGGCUAAGAAACCCCAAAACAGUAGGCCUUUUUACUUAUUAGAACUAAGAGAACCAACACGUAAGAGAGACGCACACUACGGCCACGCAGCGAAGAGAGACGUACACCACGGCUAUACGAAGGAAAAGAGAACCAACCCGAAAGAGAUACGCUCGUACGCCCACGCAGCCAACGCAAGGAAGAGAACGGCUAUACGCAGACGAAAAGAGACAACAUGAAAGAGAACGAAGCGGCAGAGAAGCCGCCGAUCGGUAUUACGCCCACGCAGCCGAGGAAAAGAGCCGACGGCGAAGCAGGCAAUACACACCCGCAGCCAUACACCCACGCAGCCGAGACCGGCAGCCGAAGGCGGCGCAACAGCGAAGCGGCAGAGAAGCUCCGAAAAAGAAAAGCAGAGGCCUGGCACGGUCCAGCGCGAGCCAAGCUCGAGAGUGAUCUCGGAGGGCUGAGCCAGACCGGUUGUGCGGCGGAAGCCAAAAUAGAUGUGAAAAACUAGCCGUGACCGCGCCGUGUACGCAAUAAGCCGUGUUCGCCCGCACGCGGUGAAUAAAACCAGCUGUGACCGCACCCACGCGGUGUGCAAAGGAAGCCACCGAAGUGACGAGGACCCGCCGUGGGAGAACAGGACCCAAAGAAGGGACACAAGGGUGAGCCACCUCACGUAUGUGAGCUCUGGGGGGAUAGAUCGGUGCAGUAGGCAGGUAUAAGCAGAACAUUCCCGCAGUUUCUUUACAUAUCUAUGCCCACAUGUUGUUUAUGAUAUUUUUUUUUGGCGUUUAUUUCCCCGCUGCAGGCGCGGGAUUUUAAGUAGGGAAAUGAUCCGAAAACAAUAAAGACACCAGCCUCAACCCAA